GAGUGUCUUCUUCCUGUGACUGUGAAUAAACCAAAACACAUUCACGGAGCCAAAUGUGUCAGACGACCAUGAAACACUGUCGAAUUCACCAGUCACAGUGUAAAACCCUAAGACAUUAACCUACUGCAAUCAAUCCUCCAUAAAACCACCACUCACAGAUGGGAACCACUUCCAGCCAGAGUAAACAUAACAAGUAGCAAACAAUAGCCAAAGAAAACAAAGCAACUCACUCACAUGACAUGAGAUACGAGAGUCCAACCGCGCAAACAAUGAGAAGCACAAUUCUCCUCUUUGCUUCCUCAACAAGGUCCAGAACCUUCACCGCCUGCCUCUCGCUGCUCAUUUUCGGCCUCCGCUGAACAGAAUCCUUUAACCCCUCCUCAAUUCAACUGCAGGCUUUCUCCACAAACUUCGCCAAUUCUCAUCGAUCAAAAAGCACAAUAAUCUUGCAUAAAAUCACAACUAUUCUCAAAUUUCGCAGAAACGCAAAUUACCGGCGCGAUAAUGGCAAUCGAAGGCUUCCAGGAUUCGCUUUGAUCCUCUGAGUCAUGGACAGGUAGGUCUCCGCGUGGUUGUUGGUGGAUGUAUCCGUCUGUCACUGGCCUGUGCAUUUGCGGGUGAAAUAAUUGGUGUGAUUUGGAGAAUGAGUGUAGAGCGGAUUUAUCCCCCUCGGACUCUGAAGUAUUCUCUUUGGUACGGAGUGCAACGGAAGAUGAAUGUCGGGGCUCCGGCCUCUGAAUAUAGACGAACUGGACCUACGGCCUACGGGCGAUGCUUUUUCAAUCCCACCCUCUGUGUUGAAAAAGAACCACAAAAAAAAGCUCCUCUCUGCGCGCUCGAGAUUCUUCUCUUUUUCGUCACUCUCUCCAUAGUCGUCUCUGCAGUCCAGCCAAAAGGGUUCUCAAAGGAAUACUAAUCACAUGGCGUAAUUGGGGCAGCAAAACCGGGAAAAGGGGUUACUUGUAUUGAUCUCCGCCGCCGCCGUCGCCGGAAAUCUACAGAGGGGAACUUGUCCGAUGUCAUCCGAUGAUCUGGCCGGUGGGUUUUCUCCGCCGCCAUUGCUGUCGCCGGAUGACUCGACUAGUAACUCCACCUCCGCCGCUCCUCUGUCGACUCGCAGCCCGCCUGCCGUGGAAACUGGGCUCGUACCCUCCCCGGCAUCGAAUAACAACAACCAAGUCAGGACUGCCCUCCUGGUUGGAAUAGGCAUAGGCGGAGUGUUUAUGCUAGUUUGCGUGGGCAUUAUCGUCUUUUGGUACAAGAGGAGAAAGAGGGCUCUUGGUUUGGAUGGUCGCAAUUAUGGGAAAGGCUCCAAAGCUCCAUCAAAGCCGUCUCUUCAAACUGGCAUUGUAUCAUCCCUCCAAUCCCAAUGGUCUCCGGCGGUUGAUGUUUCUAAUCAGCCGCGACCUUCCACUGGCAGCGUAUCGAAACCUACUUUCACUUAUGAAGAAUUAGAAAAGGCAACAGAUAACUUCUCCAAUACCAAUCUUCUUGGUCAGGGUGGUUUUGGAUAUGUUCAUAAAGGAGUGCUUGGUGAUGGGAGAGAGGUCGCGAUAAAGAAGCUAAAAGUUGGAGGUACACAGGGGGAACGCGAAUUUCAAGCAGAGGUGGAAAUUAUUAGCCGCGUUCAUCAUUUGCAUCUCGUUUCACUGGUGGGACACUGCAUUUCUGGGUCUCAGAGGUUGCUAGUGUAUGAGUAUGUUCCAAACAAAACUCUGGAGUUUCACUUGCAUGGCAAGGGGCUGCCUCCAAUGAGUUGGGAGAUAAGGAUGAGAAUUGCUUUAGGUUCUGCCAAAGGAUUGGCUUAUUUGCACGAAGAUUGUCAACCUAUGAUCAUUCAUCGAGAUAUAAAGGCCUCCAAUAUUCUGCUAGACAACAAUUUUCAGCCAAAGGUUGCAGAUUUUGGUCUCGCUAGGUUGAAUCCCGAUGCAGAUACUCAUGUCUCCACCAGAGUAAUGGGAACUUUUGGAUAUUUAGCUCCAGAGUAUGCUCUUACAGGGAAACUGACUGAAAAAUCGGACGUGUUCUCUUUUGGAGUCAUGCUUUUGGAGCUGAUAACUGGCCGACGACCACUUGAUAAAUCUCAAUACUACCUUGAUGAUAACAUUGUUGAUUGGGCAAGGCCCUUACUUUCACAAGCACUUGAUGAUGGAAACUUCGAUGCUCUAGCCGAUCCAAAGUUAAUGAACAAUUAUGAUUCCUCUGAGAUGAACCGAAUGAUCACUUGUGCUGCUGUUUGUGUGCGCCAUUUGUCACGAAGACGGCCGCGCAUGGGUCAGAUAGUUGAGGCCUUAGAAGGGAAGGUAGAAUUGGCCGAGUUAAACGGGGGAGUUAGACCGGGACACAGCUCGAUUCAAGAACCGUUUGGAAGCUCGGAUUAUGACACGGCACAAUACAAAGAGGACUUGGUGAAGUUCAGAAAGAUGGCAUUACAACAGCACGACUCCAGCGAAUGCAGCGGGCCCACCAGCGAGUUCGGCCCCCUGCCUUCUGGUUCGAGUAGUGAAGCUGGAAACCGACAGGUGCGUCCGGAAACCACCGUAACCAUAGAAAUUCAAUAGACUCUCGGCCUCAAAACGACGACUAACCUUCCAAUUCUUUUGGGUAGAAUAUCGAUCUUGAUGCCGCCAGUUCUGUUCAUAGUUUUGUUCUGGUUGCAUUGCAGGCAUUAUUAUUGUUCUUCUGCAAUUAUUUUUUAAUAUUUUUAUUGUUUGAACCUUCAAUUUGGAGCCAACCAUUACAAUGUAAGUACUUCAUUUUUAUAUGUGACAAAAAAAAUGCUUUCUUUUUAAGUCCUUGUUUGGAUCCAAUGGUUAUUAAGAGCUGUUGGAGGGUUUUCUGCUUUGUGUGGACU